AACCGGGCCUAAACAAUCACUGAGCGCUCACUGAUCCGCUAUUCGCUUCGUCUGCUGAACGCGUCCAAGCGAGCCCUUACUGCUUUUCCUGAGAGAAAAAGAAAAAAGAGGAACGGUACAAGAAGGUCAACUGAACAGACUUAGUUAUCAGCUGACCACAGCUGACAUGGACGUGUCAAUAAACUAUCAAUUUCUAUUUCGUUUUACGUUCUUUUUUGUUUACAAAUCUUCAAAGUGCACUAUUAUUGACAUGUAUUAAUACGAAUGAAGCAGAACAGAAAGAAACCGUAAAAAUGAUGACCGAUGUGGCGGAGAUUCAAUUGAAAGCUGAGAAACACUCGAGCGAGGAUACAGUGGAUUUCUCAGAAACUGUAGCAAAAUUGGCAGAAGGUCUCUUGAGUAUUUAUCAACCUCCAUUAGAACAAGUUAAACAAGAACUUUUUGAAUUGACGAAUAAACAAGAGACUGUACUUGCUCGAAUGCAGCUUGAAAAUAAAAAGAUACAUGAAACAUUUGAAGAUAUAGAUUUGAAUGAUAUGUUUUCAACUGUUAAAAUUUAUCAAGGAAAAUUGGCGGUGAUAAGAAAAGAAAUGGUCAAUAUUCAUGAAAGGACUUCAAAACUAAAGAAACGUGUGUUGCGUUUGCAACAGAUUAAGCAGAAGGAAGCGAUAAAUAGAGAACAACAACGUGAACAAGAAUUACGCAAGGAACAAGAAUUGAUUGGCAGAUCGUCAACCAGUUAAAAGUGUACAAAUCUUAAUAAACCAAUUAAUUCAUACGAAUUAUUUGUAUAAAAAAAAAUACAAGAUAUAACUGUACAUCCCUAAACUG